GAUCUGAGUGUUGAUCUGACCCGUGGAGACUCUUUGCAGUGCUUGCAACGCUUCAUGUUGGACUGCCUUUCAUCCCUCCCCCCCUUAAUCUUUAAGCCCCUUCCUCUCACCUGGGGCCACCUCAAGCUUCGUAUGGAAGGGGCCUUUAGAAACUGUAGCUUGUCUUGUUAAAACAGCUGACAUUGCACAAAGGAAACCGAGCUGAUCAAAACAGAACAAGGGUUGCUGCAUUCAUUUCUUUUUUUUUUUUUUACUGCCUUUUGUUUGAGAGUUUGAGAGCUUUUAUUUUGAAAAGGAGUUUACAAUUUGAGGUUUGCUCCCACAUAAAGUUUACGCAAAUAGUUUGAGGAUUAAUCUUUUUUUAUACCUACACUUGCUUCUUUUUUUGUGGUCUGAGCGUUUGGGAAGAAUGUCUGAGAGCAGCAGCAGCAAAGCUGUGAAACUGAUUGCCCCACACCCUUCUGCGUCCUCUGCUUCCCCCUGUCUGUCACCUCAAACCCCCCACAAGAAUGUGAAUGGCUCCGCCAGUUCAGACUCGCACGUCGUGGAGAAGCUUGCCGGGCAGCCGGAGGUGCGACGGCGGCGCCACACGAUGGAGAGGGACUCCAAAACGGCCGAGCACCGUUUCUUUCGCCGCAGUGUUAUUUGCGACUCGAACGCCACGGCCCUGGACCUUCCCAGCAAGGCAACUGUGAUUCUCACCUCACCUCCAGACUGCGAAAGAACUCCCAACUUCUUGUCUCUGCAGCUUUGUAGGUCCGAGGAGCAAGAUUCGGAACAGGAGGAGGACGACAGAAGAGGGUCCUAUUUACAAAGCACCAGCCUACAGCCUUACCUUGGCUUUGGUGGGGCGGUUGCAUUGGGGCAUGUGCAAAAUGCUGAGGGAGAUUCAGAUGUAAGCGUCGUCACAAUUGCUGUUCCUACCACUUGCAACGCCGAUGGCGCAGAGGGAACUAUAAAAGAGCCCAUCUCGACAGUAUUGGAUGUUACAGCCAAAACGAUAGGUGAAAAUCCUGAUGUUACAUUACGUCCCAGAGGGAUUCAGGAGGUGCAACAGACGUCGACAGAAGGGAAAGGGAUUGAACAAGUGAUCGAGGAGAGCGUUAGUAGUCUGACUGAGGAGAAAGACAGGGAGACCGAGGAAGGAAAGGGGCUAGCAAAAGCACGGGCUGAGCAGAGGGAAGCUGAGAAACGAGUGCAGGAGGAUAUAGAGGAGGCUGAGACAAAAGCUGUAGGGACUUCACCAGACGGACGCUUCCUGAAAUUCGACAUCGAGAUCGGGAGAGGAUCUUUUAAGACCGUGUACAAGGGACUCGACACUGAGACGACGGUGGAAGUGGCAUGGUGCGAACUCCAGGACCGUAAGCUGUCCAAGUCGGAGCGUCAGCGGUUCAAAGAGGAAGCCGGGAUGUUGAAGGGUCUCCAGCAUCCUAACAUUGUCCGCUUUUAUGACUCAUGGGAGGGUUUGUGCAAAGGAAAGAAGUGUAUUGUUCUUGUCACCGAGCUCAUGACAUCUGGCACAUUAAAAACGUACCUGAAGCGUUUUAAGGUCAUGAAAAUUAAGGUUCUGCGUUCGUGGUGCCGACAGAUCCUCAAAGGCCUUCACUUCCUGCACACCCGAGCUCCACCUAUCAUUCACCGAGACCUGAAAUGUGACAACAUCUUCAUCACGGGGCCCACGGGCUCGGUGAAGAUCGGAGACCUGGGGUUGGCCACGCUGAAGAGAGCCUCCUUUGCCAAAAGUGUCAUAGGUACCCCGGAGUUUAUGGCUCCAGAGAUGUAUGAAGAGAAGUACGACGAGUUGGUAGAUGUUUACGCUUUCGGGAUGUGUAUGUUGGAGAUGGCCACCUCUGAGUAUCCCUACUCUGAAUGCCAGAAUGCUGCACAGAUCUACAGACGAGUUACUAGCGGAGUCAAGCCUGCCAGUUUCGACAAGGUAGCCAUUCCUGAGGUGAAGGAAAUUAUAGAGGGCUGCAUCAGAACGGACAAAGAUGAGAGAUAUGCCAUAAAGACCCUGCUGAAUCACGCGUUCUUUCAAGAGGAGACGGGAGUCAGAGUUGAACUUGCAGAGGAGGAUGACGGUGAAAUGAUUGCUAUCAAACUGUGGCUCAGGAUAGAAGACGUUAAGAAGCUCAAAGGUAAAUAUAAGGACAAUGAAGCAAUCGAGUUCUCUUUUGACCUGAACAAAGAUGUGCCUGAAGAUGUGGCGCAGGAAAUGGUUGAGUCUGGCUACGUUGCCGAAGCUGACCACAAGACCAUGGCCAAGGCUAUCAAGGACCGUGUGUCUCUGAUCCUGAAGAAGAGGGAACAGAGGCAGCUGGUACGAGAAGAACAGGAGAAGAGGAAACUGGAGGCAGAGCAAAAGCAGAAACAAGAGGCAUUUAAAGCUUCUCACUCCCAGUCAAGAACAGAAGAGACUGAGGCAGACCAACAUCUGCUCCAUCAUCAGCAGGCCAGCCUCUGUCACACCUUUUCAGUUGAAGGUGUUGACAGCGGACAGGGUUCCUCGGUUUUCUCAGACUCACCUCACCUGGGUCAGCUGACCAUGUCGUACAGCUGCCCUCCCUCCUCCCAGCCCCCCUCCCAACCCCAAACCCCAUAUCCCCCAACCCCUUCGGCUACGUCGCAGCAACAUCCAGGCUUCUCCCAGCCGCCGCAGCCGAUGCCUGUACCACACGGCCGUCGAAGCCGUAGCAUGUCUAUUUGCGUGCCCCCUUCCUCAUACUCCUUUUCUCAUGCGCCUUCAUCCCUGGUGGUUCCUCCAAAACAGCACACCUCACCUCCUCCAGACCUGUCCUCCCACACCUCCACCACCUCCCCCUGCGUACCUCUCGCAGCUGAGAGGGACACUUUCGCUGGCCGCCUCUCCAAGGCCCUGGAGACAGUCCUACCCCUUCACUCUGCCUCUUCUCAACCCAGGGCCAGACAGCGGAGGGCCAGCCUGCCUGCCCUGUUCUCCACCCCUCAGCAUUCUAUGCCACACGGAGGCACUGGAGGGAGCAUUCCUCACCCAACUCUCUCAGAACCUCCUACUAUUUUCUUCCCCUCCAUCCCCGAGCGCCCCGUUUCCUUCUCGCCUCCUCCCGCUGGGCCUCCAAAGGGCUACAACACCCAGAGACGCAAGAGCACCUCCAUUCUCGAAGCGCAUACCCGACAUUUUCAGCCUGCCUACCCUCGCUAUGGGAGUAGUCUCCACCCCUUUUAUGGAGUAGAAAGCAUCGAGACGUCUCCCCUAUUAAUGGUCAACCCUGGUUUAGCUGCAGCUGCUCAGAGAUUUGGUGCUGGUGAGACCCUGCAUCUACCUGGACAGUCAGAUCCAAGUUUAUAUGGGUACAAAGACAUGAGGGCAGAACAUGAGGAGGCAGUGAGACGAUUAAGUCUGAAUCAAGCUGCUUUAUUGGACCAUUAUGAAGCACUGGCUUACGGAGGAUAUCCAAUGACUGCACACCAGCUGGGACAAUUGAGUUUCCAUCAUCAGAGGCAGGCAGCAGCUGCUGGUUUGGGCUUUGAUCCUGGUCCACCACCACAACCAGGAUUCUUGCACCCACACAUUUUGCAACAGAUAAGUGCACACAGCCCAAUACCUCCACCCUUAACACCCAUGACCCCAUCAACAGGUGGCUCAGUCACUACUUCAUCAUCUGAUGGAUGCUAUCCCUUACAGCAUGCUUCUUCAUCGUCCUUCCCCAGUUCUGCACCUCCAGCGAUCGUUGAUGCUCCUCCGUCUGCUGGAAGUGUUUUUGAGUACCAUUUAGCUGCAGCCGCUGCAGCUGCAGCAGCUGCUGGGGACCCCAGCCUGCUGGCUUCCAGACUUUACAGAGCCCGAAGGAGCUCCAUGGACCUCCCUCUGGAGGACGGCUCUGGAACAGGAUCUGGUGGGUCUGGACUGUACAGCCGCCUCCAGCCAGUCACGGAGGAGCUGUACGCAUACAUCAGUCCAGAGCUCCCAUUACCUCCUGGAAAUCUUCUCCUUCACCACACUGGAAUAAUUGUAAAGGACAAAAGCCCUGAACCAUCAAGUGACUCUCUGGCUUCCUCUGACGCAGGAGAGUUCCAGUCCCCCCCUCCCCCCUUUGACUCUUCAGCAGCUCAGUCUAUCCCUCGCUCAUCCUCCUCUGCACAGUACGACUCGUCAGGGGGAGUGCGUCACGAGGAUCCACAGGGACACCCACCUUCAGUGCAGAACUUCUUUCCACCCACGCCAUCGUCAGAGGUCCCUCAUGGGGGGGCAACAUCUACGCAGCUGGAGUCUCUGGUGCAAAGUGCCUGGUCCCGGCAUGGAGGAGUGAUACCAGCCCAACCCGAUAUGACAUACCAUGAGUCAUUGCUGGCCAUGCAGGCUGCUAACCCCCCUCUGCAGGUUCAGGCCCCCACAUCUCAGCCAAGUCCAGGACCCCCUCUGGUCCCAGCCACCACACAGUCAGAUCCUCCUGGGAUGUCCCAACAGGUUGUGUCUUCAAGUCAGAGUUGUACCUCUCUUCAGAGCCCCACACACACAGCUCAGCCCAGCGUGGCUCCUCCUUCCUCUUCCGCUCCCUUGGCGACCCUCCCUUCUCCACCGUCUGUCCCCAUGGCCGUGCCGAGAGCAGUCGUGGCCUCUUCUCCCUCUCCUCUGUCAAUCCCUGUUGGGGUGGCGCCUACACUUGUUUCCCCUCCUCUUCCUCCUCUCGUGCCUGCAUCUGUACCUCAACUUUUGGCCACUGUGGUGCCAACCAUCAGCAUAAUCUCCGCCCCACCUGAUACUCCCUCGGAAGCCCCUCCGAAGUCCUCCUCUCAGUCUUCAGAGCUGUCACAGGGCCAACUACAACCCCCACAAGUCCUUGCUUCUAUUGAGAACGGCCACUCGGAGACAUCAGGCCUGAGUGACGGUAAUGAGGGGGGAGGCGGCCGUCAUGAGGGGCGAUCCACCAAACGACAUCAGAAACGUUCCGUACGAAGUCGAUCUCGCCAUGAGAAGACUUCCAAGGCCAAACUCCACGUUCUCAGUAUCUCUAACCGAGGGGACAGGGUAGCGGAGUGUCAGCUGGAGACUCACAACAGGAAGAUGGUGACAUUUAGAUUUGAUCUAGACGGAGACAACCCUGAGGAGAUUACCCAGAUCAUGGUUCAGAGUGAGUUUAUCCUGGAGGGUGAGCGGGAAUCAUUUAUCGAGCAGGUCAGAGAGGUCAUCGAGAAUGCAGAUGAGAAGGGUCUGGAGAGGGACGGAAAUAGUCAGAUGGUGGGUUACCAUGAGGUGAAAAUUCCUGUGACAUCCACCCCUAUGCCUGACAUCACUCCAAGUGCUACAGCACAAGUCGUGCACUCAGCAGGUCGUAAAUUCAUCGUUAGUCCUGUACCUGAAAGCAGGCUAAAGGAACAAACAUUACCCCCCUCACCUUCUCCUGCCCCUGCACCUUUUGUUGAAACAGUCCCUCCGUCUUUGUCUCAGACAGCAGGCCAAGCUUUGGGUUUGUCCCAGUCUGCAGGAAGGAUCACCUUACAGCAAGCCUUCUCUGAACUCAGACAGAACAACAGUCAGUUUGAUGCAGGUCCCAGUACCGCUCCAGCCUCCAUCCACUCCGCCCACCCCCUCCUGCAGCCUGCAGCAGCAGCCUCAGUCCCUUCUCUCAGCAGCACAGUUACUCCCGCUGUGGAGGCAACUGCUUUAAAGCAGGCAAAGGAGCAAGUCCUUGAAGCUUCUCCCCCACCCUUAUCCUCAUCUUCUACACCGUCCUCUGUGCCCCCCGUCUGUCUCAGUCCACCAUUUACUUCCUCCCCUCCUCCCACCAUGGUAAAUCAGAGCCUCUCCCAGUCACAGGUGCUGUCUCAGCCGAUGCUGCAGACUGUGUCCCAGCCACAAGCACAGAGUCAAACAGCUGUCCAGCCCCAGGCUUACCUGCCAUCCCAGACGCUUCCUGCUGCCACAGAUACUCCACUACCUUCAGUUUUACCAACAGCCAGCAUCUCUAGCAUUCCCCCAGCAGUCCUCCCCUCCCUGCCCCCUGCCCAGGCUGUUCCCUUUGUGCCCUCGCCUCCUUCUUCCAUUCUUACAGGCAGUGAAGUUCCAUCAGAUCACCCAACAGCCUCUCCCACUUCCUCCCUUAUUUGUUCUGUCACCCCUUCUUCUGUUAUCCCCACCACUGCCAUCCCAGGUCCCCAACUUGCUGCUUCUGCUCCUUCCCAACCCACUCCGGCUCCCUGUUCCUCCACUUCAGUGGGGCUCCAGACAGUGACCUCGAAUGUUCCUCUGGUCCAGCCAACUUUGGUCCACUCCCAGCCACAGACAGCAGCUCUGCCUGGUCAGACACACACACAUUGCGCAGAUUGUGAUACAAGGUGUGAGGCCUCCUCUGACUCUUUAGGAAAACCGGAUGAUAUCCAGGCUCUGGACAAAAAGCUGCGAUCUCUCUUCAUGGACCUGGGUGUGGGGGCGCCAUCCACCCAGGGGGACAUUUUAACUGCUGACCUAACUUCUGGAGCCUCAGGGGCAGGAACCUCAUCUUCCUCCGUCACAGCCGUCACUGCUCCAGUCUCCAGCCAGUCAGCUAAUCCUCCUCAGCCCCCAUCCAGCCUUGCAUUGGGGUCAUCUGCACCAGUCCAGGGUCCUGGGACACCUAUAUCCACCCCUGCACAAACUGUCAUCCCUGCCUCUUCCACUCCAUCUAAAACCCCGUUAUCCAGAACAUUGUCCCAGCAGCCUCUGGAGGACCUCGAUGCCCAGCUGAGGAGAGCACUGAGCCCAGAAACUGUUCCUGUCCCUCAGAGCAGUGCGCCUUCAGUAGGACAACCAAUUCCCUUCUCUCUAGAAGAAGAAAUAGUGUCUCAAACUGUUCCUCCUUGUGCUCGUGGGAUUAAAUUAGGAAGAUUUCAGGUCUCAUUGGCUGCUGAAGAGCCUGUUGCCCCCCGCUCGUCUCGCUCUGAAUCUUCCUCCACCACCUCCACCUCCACCUCAUCAACCUCCAGCCUUUCCAGCCCAGACAGCACUUUGCACAAAGACUCCUCAUCUCCUCUAAGAGGGGUAAGAGGACAAGAUGUUGUGGAUGGACUGCCUCAAAGGACUCCAACAAAGUCCCACCCCUCUCCUUUCGUCUCCCCCUGCCACUCCCCCAAGCCCACUACCACAAUUGGGCGCUUCCAGGUUACUACAAACACAGAGUCUCGUGUCGGUAGGUUCUCGGUCAGUCGAACUCCUGAGCAGAGCUUUGAGUCGAGUCGUCCACCAGCUCCCCAGACUCCUAACGGCCCCAGCGAUCCUGGCCAAGUUUUGUCUCCAGACCGCCCUCAUAGAGCCUCCUUGCCAAGUCUAAACAACAACUCCUUCAAUAACUCCUACAUCAGCAGCGACAACGAUUCAGAGUUCGAAGAGGAUGAAGACUUUAAACGGGAAGUCAGCUGCCUCAGACAAAAGCACAUGAAAGAAAUCCAGGCCCUCCAUUCCCGCCAGAAAGAGGAAAUAGAAUGUCUGUUUACCCGGCUGGGAAAGGUUCCUCCAGCUGCAGUCAUCCCUCCACUAAUCCCCUUGACUGGCAGGAGGCGUCGACUGACCAAAAGCAAGUCUUCAAAAUCGUCCAGAACCAGCUCCACUCACGGUAGCAAGAGUCCAUUACAGCAAGGCAGCACUUUAUCCGCCCAGAGCGUCCCAGUCAUGCACUCCGGCCAACUGCCUCCAUUACCCCCGGGAGGAUUAUCCGGUUCAGGCAGCAGCACUGUGCUCCAGCCCCUCAAAACCUCCCCCUCCAGUGAUAACCUGUGUUCAGCCUACACCAGCGAGGCGGCCCUCUCUGUGCCCAGCCUGUGUGCUCCGACUCCAGGCUGUAUAAAGUUCAGCUGGGGUUCGGAGCGUUUGGCCUUCAAGCCUGGCGGCAGGAGGACGCGCUUUCUGAGUACGCCUUGCUUGGCUCUUUGGAAGAUGGUGAAAAAAGUCUGCCCCUGCAACCAGCUCUGUAGGACAAACAGCACCAACGCAGUGAGCGGUUCAGGCACUUUGGAUCAAAGCCAGGGGGGCUCUCAGUAUUUGCCAGCCCCCAACCAACGGAAGGGAACCUUCACUGAUGACCUUCAUAAGCUGGUGGACAACUGGGCCCGAGACGCCAUGAACCUCUCGCAGGGGAAGAGGAGUGCCAAACAGCAGCAGCAGGCUCCGACACAGGGACACAGCUACGAGGUCACCCAGUCUGCCAGUCUGUGCAGGAAGUACUCUGCUCCCAGUCAGCUCUGUCCCAGCAGCAUCGGAGGAUCGGCCCACCUCCCAGCGAACCCCACCAGCGCUACCUCUCUAGCUGCCUGCAAGAGCUCCCUGUGCCACCCUCCUGCUACCUCCACGAUACCCCAACUCCAACCGGCCCAGUUUAUCCCCUACAACCCCUCUGCCGCCUACGCUGCACAGUGGUGUGGUCCGGCUCACAGCGUGGCCAAUCCUCAGCAGGCCCCAGCUCAGCCUCUGCUGGUCAGCACGUCUCAGCCUCUGGGCCCUUACCCCACCCAACAGGGCCAGGUCUCAGGGCAGGGCCUUCUCCAGGCUUUCCACCAUCCCAACGCUCUGCAGAAGUCAGUGAGCAACCCAGGGGGGCCCAACUUGAGGACAACGUAGGGUUUGGCCUGAGGGCCUCUUUAAAUGGCGGCCCAGUCGGACAGAUGUUCAGAAGCUGGAGAAGAGAGUUGGAUAGAAAAACCAAAUGCAUCGGAGGGAAGAAAUCAGGAUUGAUGAAUAAAAUCUGACCAUCUUCACUUCCGCAGCAGCACAGUUCUCCCUGCUUUGGGCUUGUGGCGGCCAACCAA